UUGUGUGUAGAAAACGAUAGGUGGUUGCUUAGUGAAGAUACGUGAAAGGACUCUAGAAAUCAACGAGUACAAUGUUGCGAAACUGGUCCUUAGUGGUGAUCCUUGCCUUUGGAAUUAUUAGUUAUAGUGAAGCCGUUCCUAAAUAUGAAACGCCAUCAAAACAGUACGACGCCAGUCAGUGGAAAAGGUCAUAUUAUAACGACAAAGUAAACGAAACUGCUGCUGCGGAAUCUAGUAACGAACGCAUUCAGCGAUUUGGAUUUGCAACCGGAUAUGGAGGAAUAAAUGGCUAUCCAAAUUCUGGAACUGGUGUUGCCUCUUAUUCGCCAGUUAAACUAGACCUUGGAGGUGUUGUCCUUGGGACACUUCUUGGAAUUGGAGCAAUUUUAAUCAUUCCUAAAUUGGUGACCGUAUUCUCUGGUGGCUACGGGCAGUAUGCAAGAAGUACAGAUGACGAGAUGAGUACCCUUACCGAGAUGCUUAACAAAAUUGAUGAGGUGUUAGGCCAGAAUAACAUUGACUCGACAAACUGUAUGCAAAGAGCUGUCUGCGCUUACCUGAGGUCAACUGAGUCAAGUGUUAAAACCGGAGCUGCAGACCAGAUCGACCAAUUUGUGCACACACUGUCAAGAAACAGCCUGGUGGACUACAUGCUAGAUGGUACGGCUAUCAAGGAGGCCCUUGAAAAUGGGAAGAAUGUCAGUGGUAAGGAAUGUGAUGUGAUCUAUUCGCAGUGUCCUCUCGAUUCGACGUCGGCUAUGAAAAUUGUCACCAAACUUCUUCCCAAUAAUUCAAAUUGAACAGUGAUUGAAGAGCACCAAUUGGCUGUCUUGAGAGCGAAGAUCAGGAAAUGAAAUUGAAUUUAUUCGUAGUAAAUACUGUGUUGAAUAAAAAAAAUGUAUUUAAUGUAAAAUAAAAUGUGUUAAAUGUA